CUUCAAUCAAAUUUGCAAGCUUUGGAACACCAGAGGGAGUUUGUGGAAGCUUUCAGCAGGGAAGUUGCCAUGCCCGACACUCAUAUGACGCUUUUGAAAAGAAUUGUGUUGGGCAAGAGUCUUGCUCAGUGAGUGUGACACCAGAGAAUUUCGGAGGUGAUCCAUGUCGAAAUGUAUUGAAGAAACUCUCAGUGGAAGCCAUUUGCAGUUGAUCACCAUGAUGGUAUUAGUGGUUUUCAGUGAUUUUUCUUAAACACCGCGAUAGAAAUAGUUUGAACACUCAACAUUUCUCGAAGAAGCUACUACACAUCCAAAAAUCAGCACCUACCAUUUUUUGGCUUUGCUGGGGAUGAAGUUGUACAGUUAAGCAACACACCUCUUUCAUCAAAGCUCACCUGAUUCUGUACAUGUUAGUUACUGAGAUUGGUGUUGGCCUGCUACUGUAAAACAAGAAUUUGAGGUUUGUUCCAAAUGCACAUAGGGAUGAUCUGUAAUGAGUCCAUUUUGUGCAAAUUUUGUUUGCGCUAGACUUGGCAAGCAUUUCGCUUCCAUGAACUUCCAUUGUAUAAACAAUGUAAGAAAAGCAAUUAUUCAUUGCUUUGCACAUUAAUAGUUUAACAAUGUUGCAGUAACAGCAAGCUCCUUUUUCUCAUUCUUAUUCA